AUGGCAGAUAAAAAGCCACAUUCUCCCCUAAAACCCUCGGAAAUUCCUUCCCUGGGUCUUUUCUAUACGGACCUUGAGUCCCCUGCCUUCGUAAAGUCAAGUAAAAUUGACCGCACACCUGUCAAGGGCAGUAAGCCCCCAUCUACGCAACAGGCCAAACUCGACAAAGAUCGCCUACAAAGCCAUGAGGAAAUUCGCCUCCAGCGUGAAAACGCCAGGCUUAUUGACAUGGUUGAAACCCUUAUCACUCAGAUCUCCAAUCAAGUCCAAAUCGAAUCUCUAAAUCCAAAUAUCAUAGCACUUACCAAUCCAAUUCAAGACAAAGCUGCGUCCAACCCGGCCCUCUCCCCAAGUACGCCAGACCACUCCAACAAUCGUAGAAGAGUCACUUCUUUCACGCCAAGUACAAGCUCAACUGCAGCGCACAUGGACACUGCCCUUUCUAUUACACCCCCAGAUAACCAGAUUUUUCUCCUCUACCGCCACUGGCGAAUAUUGAGGUGCCUCCUUUGCCGACUCACAUCAGAACAAAGACAAAAAGCCAGGUGGACCAGGGUAUCCGGCGCCAUCUCCAAACUGGGCUUCUCCUUCUCCAAAGCCAUUAACACUAAAGACGGCGUAAAAUUUUUCCCUAUCACCAGUUAUGACUACCGUGGCAUAACUAAGUUCCUCUCCGAAAAUGGAGAGGAAUGCCAUACCUUCAUGCUUCAGGAAGAAAAAACCGUCCAGGUAGUCAUCAGAGGCCUCCCCCUUGAAAUUCCCAUUUCCGACGUCGAGCAGGACCUUAAAGACCACAACUAUCACCCCAACUACCACAGAGGUCAACUGAAAACUGAAAUGCCCCUUGUUGUGGUAAAGGUCCCCCCAGAAGAAGACCGCAUCUUUGGUCUCUCCUACCUACUCAGGAUCAAAGUUAAGGUUGAACCUUUAGAGCGAAAAAACAUCAUCACGCAGUGCUACCGCUGUCAAAAGUACGGGCACGCCCAAACAAAAUGUUCCGCUUUCCCCCGCUGUGUCAAGUGCGCGGGCGGGCAUCAUUCUUGGGAAUAACUGAUCGAAGUGAUGGAACGUGGAGAUCUCUCUGAAAUAGAAGAAUUAGGCUAUUCUGACGAUGAAGAUGGGGAUAAAGAUUUGAUCGAUGACUUGCCUACAACAUCUGCCACUUGCAUUAGAGUUGGCCAAGACACGAUUAAUCGAACAGAGACCGAAGCCCUUGAUAAAGUUGAUACUGAAAAAAAAAUGAAGUUGACUAUGAAGAGGAAGACAUUAGAACUGAAGUAA